AUGUGCGACGAUAUUGCUUCACUUGUGGCAUACGUCGAAUCGGCGACUCUGGCGCCCAUUGAACCAGGUCUUCAUACGAGGGCCGCGUUCCUCGCAGCGGCCGGCUUACAGACGGGCCCCGCGGCCCUCUCAGAGGAGAAAGACCGUGGAAAGUAUUUGGGUGAACCCGGUAAGGACGGCGCUGCCACCAUCGGUGGCACCCUUGUCUCGGUCCUCGCCAACCUCAGCGGACAAAACCGCACGGACGUUGCUAAUUCCCUCGAAUUUGCUUCUCGUGUUGCCGCCAAGGAAGCAGGGCCUGAUGACCAUACCUCAAAGUACUGGGAAGAGUUCAAAAAGUCCAUUCUUCAAAUCGGGUGGCUCAAGCAGAAGGAUGAGCAAGUGCUGUGGUCCAAAGAUUUCGUCGACGGUCAAACUUCUGGUGCCGAGAACUUCAGCGACUAUGUGAUCGCAAAUGUCAGAAGUGACCCGCUCUAUUCUGAGGCAGAAAAAUCGGUCAUUAUCCAAGCUAUGGAGUCGCUUCGAAGCCAGGCGGAAAAGCGUGCUUUCUUCAGGAAGUUCACGGCUGGUGGUAGCAAGGGGUCCUAUGGUGUUAACGCGGCAACGGUUAACAACGGAGCGCUGGCAUUGCGUUUUUCUUGCUUUACAUUCAACUGCAACGCCGCGGUGGAUGAUUAUCUGAUCUUCAGCAUCAAAAAUAUCAAAGCUGAUGUGCAAAAGGACAACUUGGACGUUGCUGGGAACCAGAGAACCAUCGACAACCUCAGAUCGAAGAUCGAGGCGAAAUUAGACCAGGCGGCCGGUGAUUACAUCGAUGGCAUUGAUAUUUGA